UUAGUGUUUCAAAAGCUUUGAUAAAUAAAAGUAUAAAACUAUAAAUAUCUACACGAUAAACCCCAAAGAAUCCUCAAAAUCUGCAAUUAGUCCUUGGAAAUCAACGUUUGUUUGCCUCCUUUAAAUCUCACUCAAAUUCCUCCAAAUCAGGGAGGCAGAGCUACCGAAACACAGCGAGGUUCGCAUUUUCCGAUAACGUUUAAUCAACGCCAUCGUCGCUGAUAGGUGACGUAGGUAACACCUUUGCUAUCCUCUAUUACAUCUAUGUUUGGAGGACUAGCAACUGUUCCUUCUAACAGUCCACAUUUAAGGAAGUCUGGAAGUAGACCCGUCUUCUUUGAUCCUGUUGAUGAGGCAGGAAAUAAUGUUGAAGAAGGUUUCUCACAAACAGAUGCAAACGGAGUGAAGGUCUUAGGAUCACCCAUGAAUACUGUUGCAGUCAUGCCAUCUCCUGUACUAUUAUGGAGAUUCAAGGUAUUGUUAUUCUUCGUUUGGGGUUUCAUUUGCUGCAAGGUUGGAUGGGAUUCUGUUAUGAGGAUGAGUGCAGACUUGAGGGAUCUUUUUCUGUAUGAGGCAUUUUUGUAUUAUAAUCCUCUGCUUCUUGUGACCAUGAUGGUUUGGCUCUGGGGAGUAAAUUUAUGGGUUUUUUCCCAGGCCAAUGUCAAUUAUACAAAAAUUUUUGAUCUUGAUCAAGAUCAUCUUACUCACAGAGAAAUAUGGAAGUGUGCCACAUGGAUGACUAUUGUUGUCCCAAGUAGCAUGACGGCAUAUCUUUAUCUAUACUCACAUGGAGAAGUGUCGUUGGCUGCUUCUCAACCAGUUCUUUUAUAUCUUGCUGUUGUGAUGAUUUUGAUAUUUCCAUUUGAUAUUUUUUACUUGUCAUCCCGCUAUUUCUUGCUAAGGACUCUUUGGCGGAUAGUUCUCCCACUUCAGGCAAUAUCAUUUCCUGACUUCUUCUUGGCUGAUAUCUUGACUUCCAUGGCAAAGGUGUUCUCGGAUUUGGAGCGUUCAGUGUGUCGAAUGGUUCAUCGGCAGGUUGCCACUAUUGCUUGGUUUGAAGCUGAUUCUGUUUGUGGCAGUCACUCCAUUGCAAUCCCUUUAGUUUUAGUUUUGCCUUAUCUAUUCCGCUUGUUUCAGUGUCUUAGACAAUACAAAGACACCAAGGAGAAGACAACUCUUUUCAAUGCUUUAAAAUAUUCGACAGCAGUACCAGUGAUUUUUCUUUCAGCCCUUAAAUAUCAUGUCUUCCCUGAGAGGUGGACAAACUUUUAUAGGCCCCUCUGGCUCAUGUCUAGUGUUUUGAACUCUUCAUACUCAUUCUAUUGGGAUAUAACCAGAGAUUGGGACUUGAGUUGCUUCACUCGGAUUUUUAAGUUCAGCAGAUCGAAUGUCUUCUCUUUCCUUCUGUAUGGACGAAAAUGGUCAAUAGAUUAGACUCCUUUCCUUGGAUGCAUGACACUUUGUAUUGACAAAGAUGACAACAUCGGAAGCAGAAAACCUGCGUAUACUGUUCGGAAUCAGACAAAAUCUAUGGCCUGAAUGACAUUAUUCAGCAACAUCUUCAGCAUUGGUUCUGUUACAAUAUUAGUACAUACGAAUUUCCUGUGCAUUGACUUAGUUUAGCCAUGGAUUUGCAGGUAUAUGUUUGGGUGAUAGGAAGCAAUUUGAUCUUGCGAUGCACAUGGACAUACAAACUAUCUGCUCAUCUCCGGCAUAAUUAUCUUACUGUUUUCACAAUCACAGCCUUGGAGAUAUUCCGUCGCUUCCAAUGGGCCUUUUUCCGUGUUGAAAACGAGUGGAAUAAAAUGAACUCCUCCAAGUCCAAUAUUCAGCUGGCUGCCAACGACAUCACUACUGAAGAUGCUAAAUUACUUGUUUCCGGUGACCGCAACAUAUAGAGAGAAACCGAGUUGUUGUCUUGCCACCUGCAAUUUCCAAGGCUUUUCUCAUAACCAACAUUCUGCACCACAAAUUUUGAACUUCGACAUCAAAAUUCUUUUGUUGAUGGAAAAGCCAUCAUCAAAAUUGUCUAUACAAAUAUAUUACUUCAUUUUGUUUUUAGUCUAUUAUAUAAAGUUUAAUGAUUUUCCA